UCUCUUCCUCUAUUUUUUAUUUUCUCUGUUCUCGCCGGAGAAAAGCUGCCCAAUGGACCGCCGGCGUUCUGUCCGACCACCGCGUCCCAACGCCGUGCAGGAUGGUGGUGCUGCCACCUGUACCUUCAGUCGGAACGAACAAAACGCAUCGGCGCCCGAACAUCAACACUUGAAAACUGCAUCGCCUAAAGCUUCCGAUGCUCUUCCCCUUCCUCUCUACCUCACCAACACAAUCUUCUUCACCCUUUUCUUCUCCGUCGCUUAUUAUCUUCUUCACCGAUGGCGCGAUAAGAUCCGAAACUCUACACCACUUCACGUCGUUACGCUCUCCGAAAUCGCCGCCAUUGUUUCUCUCAUGGCUUCCUUCAUCUAUCUUCUUGGAUUUUUCGGUAUUGACUUCGUUCAGUCUUUCAUAGCGCGUUCCUCUUCCGAUGCCUGGGAUCUUGAAGAUGAAAUUGAUCGAACUCUUCUCAUCGAUAACAAUCGCUAUGCUGCACCUCGUUCCGCCUCUGCUGUCGCUUUGCCCUCCAAAGUGGUCGACGCCGAGGUUUUGAAUGCAAUUCCAUUGCCGGAGGAGGAUGAAGAGGUUGUGAAGAUGGUUGUGGAUGGUUCUGUUCCUUCGUACUCGUUGGAAUCGAAACUUGGGGAUCCGAAACGAGCCGCUUCCAUUCGCCGUGAGGCACUGCAGAGGAUGACUGGAAGGUCGAUCCAUGGGCUUCCAUUUGAAGGAUUCGAUUAUGAGUCUAUUUUAGGGCAGUGCUGCGAAAUGCCUGUUGGGUAUGUUCAGAUUCCGGUGGGAAUAGCGGGACCGUUGUUGCUGGAUGGAUUCGAGUACACUGUGCCGAUGGCUACGACGGAGGGUUGCUUAGUGGCCAGCACCAAUAGAGGUUGCAAAGCGAUCUAUGCGUCUGGUGGAGCAACGAGCAUGUUGUUGAAAGAUGGGAUGACCAGAGCGCCGGUUGUAAGAUUUGGGAGCGCCAAAAGGGCAUCUGAAUUGAAAUUUUUCUUAGAGGAUCCUGAUAAUUUUGAUACCUUGGCCGUCGUUUUCAACAGGUCUAGUAGAUUUGCUAGGCUUCAAAGUAUCCGAUGCUCUAUUGCUGGGAAGAAUCUUUAUGUAAGAUUUUGUUGCACCACAGGCGACGCCAUGGGAAUGAAUAUGGUGUCUAAGGGUGUCCAGAAUGUCCUUGAAUUUCUUCAACAUGAUUUCUCAGAUAUGGAAGUCAUUGGUAUCUCCGGGAACUUUUGUGCUGACAAGAAACCUGCUGCCGUAAAUUGGAUUGAAGGACGAGGAAAGUCUGUGGUCUGUGAGGCAGUAAUAAAGGAUGAGGUGGUGAGGAAAGUAUUGAAAACCAGUGUUGCGAGUCUAGUAGAGCUCAACAUGCUUAAGAAUCUAACUGGAUCUGCAAUGGCUGGCGCCCUUGGUGGUUUUAAUGCUCAUUCCAGCAAUAUUGUAUCUGCUGUUUUCUUAGCAACUGGUCAAGAUCCAGCACAAAAUGUGGAGAGUUCUCACUGCAUCACUAUGAUGGAACCUGUUAACAACGGCAGAGAUUUGCAUAUCUCUGUCACAAUGCCUUCCAUUGAGGUUGGUACUGUUGGAGGUGGAACUCAACUUGCAUCUCAAUCCGCUUGUUUGAAUCUUCUUGGUGUGAAGGGUGCUAGCAAAGAGUCUCCGGGAGCUAACUCAAGGCUUUUAGCCACCAUUGUGGCUGGCUCUGUUCUUGCAGGUGAGCUAUCCCUCAUGUCUGCUAUAGCAGCUGGACAACUGGUGAGGAGUCACAUGAAAUACAAUAGAUCUAGCAGAGAUGUAUCAAAACUUGAAUCAUAAAAGGUAUUAGAUCAACAAAAUGGUGGGAUCCAGUAGAGAUAGAAAUAAAAGGGGAAAAGAUUUGGAUCUUUUUGGUGGAAGUAGCAAAGGAAAUAUGGCUUCUGGCUGGUUUACAUGUGAUUUCCAGAGACUAGCCUAGCUGGAAGGUGGCCCCCAUCGAGGAAGACAUGCAACAUGGUUGGAUGAAGCUCAUUCCAUUCUGUGGUUCAUCUGGACGUAUUGUGUGCCCCCACGAAGAUAUUCGGUGUGUUAUCUAUCGUUUGUUUUGCAAAGAAAAGGAAAAAAAAAAAAAGAAAGAAUAAUAUAUAUAUAUAUAAUAUAUAUAUAUAUAAAUAUAUAUAUAUAUAUUCUCAUUCGUUAGCUUUCCUGACAUUUGAAAAACUUGAUGAUUCUGGUUGGUGUUGUUAUCUGUUUGUAGAUUUGUAGACGAUGGUGGGGGAAAAGAGGGGCUUAGUUUUUAUGUAUGAUAUCUAUGUUUCUUUGUACGUAUUGCUUUGGUCAAGUUGUGGUGGUGGUUGUUGUAACUUCGUUAUGGUUGUAAAACCUUUAUAACUUCAGACUGUGGUCCUAAAUCAUUCACUGUAUUUCUAUGGUGUAUGGUUUUUGUCUCUAUUGGCGGUGUUUGGGAUUGAAAAUGAUAUUGAGCUUACCGGCAGGUUGCUUUAUUGUUUAA